AUGGAGUUCACAAAGUAUCCCGAAUCGGUAGCAGCCCCGGUUGGUGAUGAAGUCACCUUCGAGUGCGCCGUCAGAGUUCCAGGAGAACGUCUACAGUGGAGGUGGAAGGCUGCUGAUGGAGACUGGAGGCAGUGGAAGGAGAUACCAGCACGGGAAAACGACGGAGUGUCCACCAAGCUGGUUGUGGACGUCAAUGAGAAUAUGGUUGAUGGCUUAUAUCAGUGUGUAAUAUGGUACGGCGCAAUUAGCCUGGUAUCGAUACCGGCAAAGCUGUCCAUUGCUAGACUGGAUUUAACCCAGAACACGCCAGAGAAACGGGUGAUCACUGCACCAUUGCAUAACACCGUGGUACUGCAUUGUAAGGAGCCGAAGUCUGAACCGCCGGCAGUGUUGAGCUGGUGGAAGGAGAAUGGCAAGGGCUCUCGCAAACAACUGGACACACCGCACGGUGUGCUGGUCAUCCACAACGCGACAGCUGCUGAUGAUGGAACCUAUGGAUGUGCCGCUACCAACGAGAUAAGCGGACAAAGCAUCGACCUUCCCGAGAGGACGUACUUGAGGGUGCAGCAUGAGGGAAAUGGUGGAGUCAGAUUUCUAGAAACAGAAGAAUACGUUGGUAAAUACGAGAAAGAAGUUCUCAUAGCGCCAGUGGGUCCUGAUGAUGGACUGCGGCUCUGGUGUGGGGCGGUGGGCACUCCUCCGCCGAAGAUCACUUGGAGCAAGGAGGGGUCACCCAGCCUCCCUCGGAGACAUGACCACACACUCACAGUGUCACCUUUUACUACAGAAAAUGAGGGCAUAUACUCGUGUUCGGCGAAUGGGAUUCGUCGCUCUUGGAAGGCGAUUGCCCUACAACCUCCGCAUUGGGAAGGCUCUGCUGGAAGUGUGAACGCCAGCGAAGGUGGAAGUGCGCAUAUUGCAUGUGGGAGGCUGUAUGGCCAACCACCACCUGCAGUCCAUUGGAUUCUGAACGCUGAAGUUAUUGAAAGUGGGAAGGGCGUUCGGGCUACUGACUCGGAUCUCUACAUAGACCACGUUGAAAAGCGUCACGCGGGAAUCGUCCAAUGCUUUGCGUGUAACGAAUUAGGAUGCGCAUACGACGCUGCAAUGCUCACUGUUGUUCCUGUGCAGAUAUCAGAACAGGAUUACACAGCGGACAUACCCAAAUCUAUGCAUAUACCAUCCCAACCUCCGAAGAAACACAACAGAAAGAACUCAAGAAAGAAUAAAGCGGUUCUUAUAGCUCCUACUCGACCGAAUGUGACAAGACUCUCCGAUGAAAAAGUAAUGGUUUCUUGGACACAUUCAAAACACGGCCUGCCGAUACAGUUUUUCAAGGUUCAAUACAGGGAGGUGACGAAUUCGUCAAAUGUGAAUUGGAAGACUGCCACCGACGAGAUCAAGUCGUCUACAAACUCGUAUGAGAUCAGCGGACUACUGCCAGAUAAGUACUACAAAUUCCGCAUAGCAGCUGUUUAUUCGAACCAAGACAACAAGUUAGGGCGAAGCAGUCCCAAGUUCUACUUGCGGCGUGGAGGGUCUGGGACCCGUCCACGAACACCGAACAUCGCUAUGGCGGUCGCGUUGUCGCCUCAUAGUUUACUCUUAAAUUGGACCUGGUCAAGCGAGGGUGGCGUGGAGGCGGAAGGUUUCUACGUGUACUUCCGAGCGGUAUCCUCGGCCGGGGCUUAUGAAAAGGUAAAUGUCGACGGUUCUGCUCGUAGCGUGUCUAUUUCACAUCUUGCGCCAGACACGGCCUACGAGCUCAAACUGCAAGCUUAUACUACGCAGGCGCCUUCAGGCUUUAGCUCCAGAUUGGUCGCGAAAACUCUGAGAGCUACAACAACUGAACCAACCACUACCACAUCCCCAACUGAGGAUGUCAAAGAGGAGGGUCCAACCACGCUGGUGACGGCUGGUGGGAUAGUUGGGGCGACAGCUUUGUUGCUCAUACUUGCUGUUACUUUGCUUUUGUGUAAGCGGAGCCGGCGGCCAGCUUCAAAAGAGAAAGGUUCGGCUGAAAGCGGUGGGAACGGGUACAUGCCGGCCAAAGUGCCCAUCACCAUUACAGCUAACCCGAUGCACACUGAGGGCGAAGCUGGCGUGGAAAUGUCAUUCCUUCACAAUAACAACUGCGGGAAUAACGGCACCAACGAUGACACCGCACAUUCAAGGAAAAAUGGACCUUCGAGACAAUACGUAUAA